CCCGUGUUUCGCCAAUGCUUAAUCUUAUGAAAGGAUUAUCAAGGACGCCACGCCACAAAAAAUGGGGUUUCACAGUUGCUAUUCUUAAGUCCAGCCCGGUGAGGUUAAAAUGGUUAUAUUAUUUGAAUAUUGUGAAUACACAUUCCGUGUGUGAAACUGGCUGGCUCGACACACCCAGGGACGUGCCAGGGAACGUUGAAAUUCACCAAACAGGCGGAAUGGACGGCCAACACCAGACAGACAGAGAUGAUUUUAAAGCCCAGAAGAAGGUCAAUGAUGCCACGGAUUUGGAGGAGGAGGAGAGUGGGAGUGGCGACGAGAAUAAGGAGAGGGGGAACUGGUCACACCCCUUGGAUUUCGUACUGUCCUGCUUAGGGCUGGCUGUGGGCCUUGGUAAUUUGUGGCGAUUUCCCUUUCUCUGCUACAGGAACGGGGGCGGUGCUUUCCUAAUACCUUACUUCUUGAGUCUGGCCUUUGCCGGGAUGCCAAUGUUCUUUAUGGAGAUCAACUUUGGCCAGUACUGCAGUUUGGGUAUGCUGACCUGCUGGCGAGCCUUUCCUGUCUUAAAAGGCCUGAGUUACGGACAAUUCCUCGUGUGCUUCUAUCUGACACUCAGUUACGGAGUUGUCAUCACCUACACGUUCUAUUAUUUUUUCAUCUCCUUCACGUCCUCACUGCCUUGGGUUGGCUGCGGGCAACCUUGGAACACUCCGAUGUGCAGCGACAUCGUUAUGGACUGCUUCCAAGCUGGAGGGGUAAUCACAUUUGACAAUGAGUGUGUGCCGUUGACAAACUUGACAGAGUUCGAGUUGGAUGAUUUGAACAUCACCGCUUCCGAUCCAGGGAACUUCAGCCUGGCAAACUACACCGAUCCGUGGAAAGCAAUGCGCAAGUCACCGAGCGAAGAAUAUUGGAUGAGGGCUGUCUUACAAGAAUCGCCCAGCAUGAACGAGACUGGAACCAUCGUAUGGCAGCUUCUACUCUGUCUGAUAGUUUCCUACGUGGUCAUAUUCUUGUGCCUAGUGAAGGGCAUUAAAUCUGCGGGAAAGGUAGUUUAUUUCACUGCUACCUUCCCUUACGUGGUACUGAUUAUCCUGUUGAUUCGUGGCCUGACGUUGCCAGGAUCGGAUCAAGGCGUCUAUUUCUUCAUCACCCCGCGCUGGGAGUACCUCGUUAAGCCCAAGGUCUGGUUGGAUGCAGUGGUGCAGAUCUUCUAUUCGCUGAGCGUCUCCGCUGGUGGUUUACAUACACUGGCGUCUUACAACAAGUUCCAUAACAACACGUACAGGGAUACGAUGAUUGUCACCAUUCUUAACUCGGCCACCAGUAUCUUGGCAGGAUUUGUCAUCUUCUCCAUGCUGGGGUACAUGGCCCACGUCCAGGGUAAAGACGUCUCCGAGGUUGCCAGGCAAGGGUUUGGCCUGGCGUUUGUCGCCUACCCAGAGGCAGUAGCCAGAAUGCCGGCUGCUCCUUUCUGGUCGGUUCUGUUUUUCUUCAUGCUCAUCACACUGGGUCUGGAUAGCCAGUUUGUAAGUCUAGAGAGGUUGAUCACCGGCUUAGUGGACGAGUAUCCCCGGUUCUUUCCACCGCACCGCAGGAUCUUUGUCACCCUGGGAUUGUGCCUGGUGCAGGUUCUGUGCAGUCUGAGCUGCAUAACCCAAGCCGGACCCUACUGGACGUCACUCCUGGACAAUUAUGGAGCAAACUUUGCGAUGCUGCUCUUCGCGUUCCUCAUCACCGGUGGCCUGAGCUGGGGCUACGGCAUACGACGCUUCAUCAACGACAUCCGCACCAUGAUUGGGGACCGGUACGUGGACACGCUGUACUUCAAGUGGUGGCCGCUGAACUGGGUGGUCCUGACUCCGCUGUCCAUGGGGGUCAUUUUGGUGUUUAACUGGGUGAGCUGGACCGAGCCCGAGUACAACGGACCGUACCCGCCCUGGGCCAGAGCGCUCGGCUGGAUGAUGGUGAUGACCACGCUCAUUGGUAUCCCCGGACAUGUGGUCUUUGAGCUACUGAGGAGGAAGGGCAGCUUCAUAGAGCGCCUACGCAUCAUCACCUCUCCCCUGGACUCCUGGGGGCCGGCCCUGAUUCAGCAUCGAGAGGAGGCGGCGGAAGUUCACCGCCGCCACGGCACCACCAUGGGGGGAGAAGUGUGCCCGGCCGAAGUCAGUUCCAACCCUAGGACCGCCAAGUAUGCUGCCCUCAGAAAGGACGAGAAGGAAGUGACAGUUUGAGCAACCCCCCAAAAAGCUUGGUCACGAUCAAUUGUAAAGUGGGAAAUUGAAACAGAGUGAAGUAGCGCCGAAUAGCUCUUUUUUUCUGAAAUCAUGGUGGCAAGACUCUCUUAAGAAAGAUUUUCAAACGUUCUGAGUACCUACUUACACGAAUACUCCAAAAUUUUGUAGUUCCUCAAAAAUAAAAAGGUUUAUUACCAAAAAUAUUUUGGUGUUUUGGGAAAGGUGCUUUAUAUAAUAACUUUAUAGAUUUUGAUGUUUCUGAUCGAGGUGUUUUCCUUUGCCCAUUGUGUGAAUUCGAAGUUAUUUCAGAUAUUUUAUUUCUCUACGUAUUCUUGGUACUCCAAAUUUCUUCCUUGUAGAGUAUAAUGAUUUUCAUUUUGCACUCUUUAUUCCUUUGCCUAUAAAUUCUCUCUUUGCUGUAGCAAGAAAAAUUGGGGUCGAACAGAAAACAAGUUGAGUUCUCUGGAAUCAGACUUUGUAGAGACGUUAUCAUUUUAUUUACCACUUCCAAAUUGUGCAUAACCUAAAUGAGAAUGACCACCAAGCAUUAACACAACCAUGACAGUGACAGUAAUCGCCAUUCUGAAGCCGAACCAACCAACCUAUGGCGGUACGAGUCACCGACUGAUAUCCUUGUUGUGUGUUCCCUUGGCCUGCAAGGGAUUCACCUGGCGUUUCAUGUCAAGUCUUGUCAAAAUUAUGAACUUAAAAUCUGAAAGGGACCACAAACUUGGAUUAAAAUUUUGCCAAAAUUUACAGAAAAAUUGCUGUGAGGGUACAACCUUGGAAAUUCAAAUAAAAAUUUGCCCAAAACUGCAAGGGGGUAACUUUGAAAGUUUUAAAAAGUGUUGCCAAAAUCAAGAAAAGCACUUAUUUCAAAAUCUGCGGUGUUAAUCUUGCACUUUAAAAAACAGCCAGAAUUCUGUCAAACAAAACUCAGUGGUUUAAUCUUGGAUAUUUAAAGUUUUUCCAAAAUUAUUUUCAAAACUUGAAGAGAUUAACUAACAU